UGUAAUAAAAAAUCAUGGCCAAUUGAUGAUGAUAUUGUUAUUAGUGGUAUUGGUGGUCGAUUUCCUGAAUCGGAUAAUCUAGAUGAAUUGGCUAAUAAUUUGAUUGACCAUGUGGAUAUGGUCACCCGUGAUGAACGUCGAUGGCCCAUUGGAUUGUAUAAUGAUCAAACUUCUCGUAGUGGUAAAAUAAAAAAUCUUGAACAUUUCGAUAAUUCAUAUUUUUGUACAAUACCGAUUCUGGCUGAUACUAUGGAGCCAGGAUCACGAAUCAUAUUGGAGACAACUUAUGAAGCAAUUGCUGAUGCUGGUAUUCCACCACAAGAAAUUCGUGGAACAAAAACUGGUGUUUAUGUUGGCAUUAAUACUGUCGCGAACGCUGAAGCUAUACCACAGGAUGAUUUUAGCGACAUUCGAGCUAAAGAUGCUGCAUUCUGGGUAUAUGGUACUGCAAAAGCUUUGCUUGCUAAUCGAAUUUCAUUUUUAUUCGAUUUUAAUGGGCCAAGUACUGUCAUCGAUACGGCUUGUUCGUCAAGUAUGGUUGCACUGGCUAAUGCAGUUCAAGAUUUACGUAAUGGAAUCUGUGAAAUGGCGAUUGUAGCAAGUAGCAAUAUCUGUUUAGCUCCAUAUUCAAGCUAUGUCUAUCAUUCAUUGGGUUUACUAUCGGAUGAUGGUAAAUGUAAAGUAUUUGAUAAAAAUGCCGAUGGAUUUGUUCGUUCCGAAACAGUUGGUUCAUUGUUUUUGAUGCGCCGUAGUCAAGCCAAACGAAUUUAUGCAACUAUUUUGCAUGCAAAAACCAAUACUGAUGGUUUUAAAACUAUCGGUUUAUUCGCACCAUUUUGGCUUCGACAAAGAAAUCUAAUGAUUGAAACGUUUCAAGAAGCUGGUGUUUUGCCUGAAGAAAUUGAUUAUUUUGAAUCUCAUGGUACUGGAACAAAUGUUGGUGAUCCACAAGAAACAAAAGCAGUUUCGGAAGCUUAUUGCAAAAAUCGUAAAGAUAAAUUAUUGAUGGGAGCUGUGAAAAGCAAUAUGGGACAUACUGAAGGUGCAUCAGGAUUAUGUUCAGUGGCCAAAGCAAUAAUAAUAUUCGAACACAAAUUAAUUCCAGCAAAUUUGCAUUAUAAUGAACCUCGACCCGAGAUUGAAAGUCUUCAUAGAACAAUCGAACCAGUUGUGCAAAAUCAAUUAUUCAAUGGUAAAAUCAUCGGAGUCAAUUCUUUCGGUGUUGGUGGUGUUAAUGCUCAUGCUUUGCUGAAAAUCAACCCAAAAGAAAUUGAUGAUAAUCAAUUCAAUAUUGUUAAUGUGAUUCCAAGAUUAGUUAAUGUUUGUGGUCGUACGAAAGAAGCAGUACAAUAUAUUUUUGAUUUUAUUGAAAAAAAUCCGAAAAAAGUUAAUUGUGAUUUCUUAGCAUUGUUAAAUGAUUCGAUGAAAACAACACUGAUCAAAGGUUCAGCAAAUUUUCCAUAUCGUGGUUAUAUGAUUAUAAGAAAAAAUGAAGAAAAUCAAUUGGAAUAUCUGCCAACAAUCGAAACUGCCGGCCAACAACAAAUUCCACAAUUAUGGCUUGUAUUUACUGGAAUGGGAUCUCAAUGGAUCGGUAUGGGGGAACAAUUAAUGCGAUUAGAAACGUUUGCUAAAUCCAUUAGCAAUAGUUCUCAGUUAUUAAAACCAUUUAAUAUCGAUUUGAUGAAAUUGGUUUUGGAAGAUUUUCAAACAGAUAAUGAUAAUCGUACAGUUAAUUCGUUUGUAUCAAUAACAUCGAUGCAAAUAGCGUUGUAUGAUGUGCUAAAAACAUUACAACUACCAAUCAGUGGCUAUAUUGGACAUUCAUUCGGAGAAAUUGCAUGUGCCUAUGCUGAUGGUUGUCUUACAGCAGAACAAGCUUUACUUACAUCUUAUUGGCGUGGUAAAACUGUUCAAGAUGCUAAAUCAUAUCUUCCAAAAGGUUUAAUGGCCGCCGUAGGAAUAACUGUUGCAGAAUUGGAAAAAAUUUGUCCAGAAGGUGUUUAUGUUGCAUGUCAUAAUGGAAGAAAUUCUGUCACAAUUUCUGGCCUUUAUGAACCGAUGAUCAAAUUCAUUGAACAAUUAAAAUCCGAAAACAUUUUUGUAAGAGAAGUAGCCGGUGGUGAUUAUCCAUAUCAUAGCAUUCAAAUGGAAAAAGUUGCAACAAAAAUGUUACAGAAACUUGACACCGUAAUUACUGAACCAAAAAAACGAAGCAACAAUUGGAUUGCUACAUCGAUUCCUGCCGAUAUUCAUCAUGAAGAUCAAAAUGUACAAUAUGCAACAGGCCAAUAUUUUGUCAAUAAUCUUCAAAGACCAGUUUAUUUUGAAGAAGGCAUGGCACAUAUACCGAAAAAAUCUUUAUGCAUUGAAGUGGCUCCACAUUCUUUAUUUAAUUCGAUAUUCAAACGAUUCUACAAAGAUAUCAACUAUAUUAGUCUAAUGAAAAAAGAUGAACCUGAUCAAUUGAUUCAUUUACUCAGUUCGAUUGGCAAAAUCUAUACGUUUGGAUUUAAUCCAAGUAUUGAAAAUCUUUAUCCAAAAGUACAAUGGCCAGUUGCUCGUAAUACUCAAUCAAUUAGUUCAUUAAUCAAAUGGGACCAUAGCCGAGAACAUGAAAUUAAAAAAUAUCCAGAAUAUCAUAACUUUUCAACCGCUGCCAAUUACUGGUUUCGAGUAUCGAUUGUCGAUUCGGAUUUGCGUUUUCUUAAAGAUCAUACCAUUGAUGGUCGUGUUGUAUUUCCAUUGACCGGGUAUUUGAUGAUUGUAUGGCGAGCUAUGGCAACCAAAAUCGGUCAACCUUGGCACAAAGUUCCUGUUCAUUUUGAAAACAUAAGAAUCCAUCGUCCAACAUUUCUCAAUGAAAUUAAACCAGUCAAGUUUAUUGUUCAAAUUAUUGAUGUAACCGGUGAAUUUGUUCUCUGUGAAAACAAUAUUCUUGUUUGCAAAGGUCAUGUGUUUGCUCGACUUAAUCAUAAUCAAUCAGAAUUUCUUCGCCAUCAAAAUGAUGAUGAACUUGAAUCGGAAAUCGAUUGUGAAUCAAUGCUGAACAAUAAUGAAAUCUAUAAAGAACUUCGAGUUCGAGGUUAUGAUUAUGGACCAGCAUUUCAAGGCCUAAUAAAAGCCAAAGGUGAUGGCAAAAAUGGACGUCUCAAAUGGACAGGUCAAUGGAUCAGUUUUGUUGAUUCUGCACUACAUUUAGCACUAUUAUCAAUGCCAAUAAGAUCAUUAUUCAUACCUGUUCAAAUCAAUUCAUUCAAAUGUGAUCCGAUCAUAUUAUUUGAUUCGAUAAGAAAGGCAAAAGAAGAAUAUACCAAUCAAAUUGAUUCUGAGAAACGAUUCCAAAAAGAAUUUUGUUAUUUUCGUAACGUCACUCGUGAUCAUACAACAAUUAUUGCACAAGAAGAUGUGAAAAAAAUCAAUAACGAAGAAGAUUCAAUAGCAUUUGAAAUAAUGAAAUUUACGAAUGAUUCUGAAACAAUUGAAACUGAAAAACAAGCAAUGUUUAAUGUAAAGUUUGAUUUAUCCAAUCAAAUUUUAGUAACAAAAGGUAUAGAAAUUGAAGGUCUAAUACCAGUUAACAUUCCACGUAAAAAUGAUACGGCUAACUUGGUGCUUGAAAAAUAUCAAUUCAUUCCAUUUAAUCAAGAAUUCGACGAUUUUUAUGCCGAAACUUUACAACAAAUCGAUCAAGAAUUGCUCGAGAAUGAAUUAUUCGUUAGACCUAUUUUGGAAUUAAUUGCUGAAAAUUUGCAACAACAAGCGAAAUUAAAAAUCUUGGAAAUUUGUCCGAAUGAUAAACUUUUAUUCACAAUUAUCAGUGGAUUUAUCAAAAAGAAUGUUGGACAUAAAUUCCAAUUGGAAUAUAUUGCAACCAGACAUUCGUCGACAGAGAUUCCACAAACAAAUGAUGGCUUUAAUUUCAAAACAAUUGAAUGGAAUCUUGAAACAAUGGAAUUUUUAAAUUCAUUUGAUCAGAUGAAUUUCGAUUUAAUUAUACUACAAAUUAAUGAUAAAACCAUACAUUUUUGGACAAUGAUAAAAACAUUUAAAUCCUUAUGGACAAUAUUGAAACCAUUUGGAUUUGUUUUGCAUUUCUUUUCAAAAAAUCACUGUAAUCAACUAAACAAUGAAGAAAAUGACUUUAAUUUGGAUAAGAUAUUCGAUGAUUAUCUAUGUACAAGUGAAUCGAAUAAGGACAACAAAUUAUUCUGGCCUAUCGCCUCAAUUUCUGCUCGUAAACAACGAACCAAAAUUGAUUUAUUCCGCCGUUCAGCUGCUAAUUCAUUCAACAUACAAAUUGUAUACAUUAAUUCUUUGUUUGAUUAUUCAUGGAUUCAAACAUUACAAGAUUUGAUUAGAAAACAAUCAAAAGAUAACCUAAACGACACAAGAAUUUGGAUCGUGUCUAGUCUAUUUGAGGUGGGAAUUAUUGGUUUUGUUAAUUGUUUACGAUUGGAAUCGUCAGCGGCAGAUAUUGUACGAGUGUUAGCUUUAUCGGAAAAUUAUUGUAAUAAUGAAUUCAAUACUUUUAAUAUACCAGAAGAAAUUAUUAACAAAGAUUUACUAUUCAAUAUUUAUCAUCCAAAUGGAAAUUUGGGUUCAUAUCGUUUCGUAAGCAUUGAUCAAAAACAAGAAUUUUACAAACAAACACAGGAUGCUUAUGUAAGCCAAAUAAUGAUUGGAGAUUUAUCAAGUCUUCAUUGGAUACAAUCGCCAUCAUCGAAACAACAACCAAUAACAACAGCAAUAAACAAUCUUAACGAAGUUGUUUGCGAUGUUUAUUAUUCGGCACUUAACUUCAAGGAUGUUGUUUUAGCAACCGGAAAAAUAAUACCAGGUCCAGAGUCAGCAUUGUUUGAUUGCAUGAUUGGUCUAGAAUUUGCUGGUCGACGAAAUGAUACGGGUGAAAGAAUAAUGGGAAUGAUACCAUUUAAAGGAAUUGCAACGAAAAUAACAACAUUUGAAAAAUUUAUAUGGCCUGUACCAGAAAAAUGGAGUUUACAAGAUGCAGCUACUAUUCCGGUUGUCUAUACAACUGCAUAUUAUUCCCUUGUAAUGCGUGGCCAACUAAAACCAGAAGAUACUGUUCUAAUACAUUCGGCUGCCGGCGGUGUUGGACAGGCAGCAUUAAAUAUUUGUCAACAUUAUCGAUGUGAAAUAUUCGUGACCGUAGGUAAUGAUGUUAAACGAAAAUUUCUCAUCGAAAAGUUCAACAUUGCCGAUGAUCAUAUCUUUAGUUCGAGAGACACCAAUUUUGAGUAUCAAAUCAAAAUGAUGACUAAAAGCCGUGGCGUCGAUGUUAUACUCAAUUCAUUGACCGGUGACAAAUUGUACGCCUCUUUACGAUGUCUGGCAACUAAUGGACGUUUUCUUGAAAUUGGAAAAUUAGAUAUGCAGAUGAAUUCUACACUUGGAAUGUUUGCUUUCUUGCAGAACAUUUCAUUUCAUGGAAUUGGCUUAGAUAGCUUGUUUCGUGAUGGAUUGGAAUCAAAAUCUUUUCAGAAUUUUUUUGCUGAAGUAAGCCAUUGUAUAAAUGAUGGCAUACAAAACGGUGUCGUCAAACCGAUCGAUCGAACCAUUUUUGAAAUCGAUCAAAUUGAACAGGCUUUCCGUCAUAUGAUUAAUGGCACACAUAUCGGUAAAGUUUUGAUCCGUAUACGCAAUGAAAAAGAUGAUUUAAACAAAAUAAUCAAAGUUGAUGCUCUUGUCAAGACUUGGUUUGAUAUUGAAAAAGUUUAUAUCAUUGCCGGUGGUCUUGGUGGUGUUGGUCUCGAAUUAAUCUAUUGGAUGAUAUUACGAGGUGCUAGAAAAUUUAUGAUCACUUCACGUUCUGGUAUACGAUCAUCAUAUCAACGUGUAUUUUUCGAACGUUUCAAAAUGAUUGAACAAUAUUGUCAUAAUUAUCGAAUCGAAUAUCGAAUUUCAAUCAAAAACAUUGCAGAUUACGAUGAUUGUUGUCGAUUGAUUGAAGAAACAAAAACUUUUGGAGUGAUUGGAGGAAUUUUCAAUUUAGCUAUGGUAUUAGAAGAUGGAAUGUUUGACAAUCAAACUAUUGAAAAAUUUAAACGAGUUUGUCAACCAAAAUCAAAUGGAUUGAAAAAUCUGGAUCGUAUUACUCGUGAACAGAAAAUUGAUCUUGAUUAUUUUGUUGCUUUUUCAUCGUUUAGUUCUGGUCGUGGAAAUUCUGGCCAAACCAAUUAUGGUCUUGCAAAUUCAACAAUGGAACGAAUAAUCGAAAAUCGAUUCAAUAAUGGCCUAUCAGGAAUAUGCAUUCAAUUUGGACCAAUUGGUGAUGUGGGCAUUGUUGCCGAAAAUUUUGAUUCAAGUUCAGAAAAAGCGAUAAUGAAAACAUUAAUGGGUUUAUGUAUGCAACGAAUUCAUUCAUGUUUGAACGUAUUGGAUAAAAUUUUACCACAAAAAAUGGGUAUCUAUUCAUCAUAUGUACAAUAUGCACAGGAUUCAAAUAGUAAUGAUGCCGAUAAUGAAGUUAUUCGACAAUUAUGUGUACAUUUAAACAUUGAUGAACGUCCAGAAAAUGAAUGUCUUGGUGAUAUUGGUCUUGAUAGUAUGGCUGCUGUUGAAAUACAACAACGUCUUGAACGUGAUUUUAACAUAACACUUUCAUUAGCUGAUGUUCGAAAAAUAACAGUAAAAGAAUUGAAAAAUUUUCGCGAUGGUAAUCGUCAUAAUUUGAGACAAUAUUCGGAUGAUAUCAAAAAAGCAAAAACAAAUCUAUCACGAAUACGUUUUGUCAUACCAACAUCACCGAUUGUUGCAUUGAAUUCAAUACAGAAAGGCAAACCAAUCUAUUGUUUACCACCAUUGAUCGGUAUAUUUGAUUUAAUUUCCGUUUUGGCACAAAAACUGAAUCGUCCAGUAAUUGGUCUUAAUUGGACUCGUCAGCUUAAUUCAUUGGAUUCUUUAAAACAAAUUGUCGAUUAUUAUUAUGAUCUUAUCGAAAAAAUGAUUGAAUCUGAUCCAGCUAAUGAUGGUACAUAUGAUCUAUUAGCAUUAGAUUUUGGUGCUUUAUUAGCUGCAUUAAUCUGCAAACGUAAAAUGAAUAGUAAAAAUAUGAAGAUAAAACGAAUGGCCUGUAUCGAUUUAUUACCAUUCACAUCGGAUUGUAUCCAUUUGGCGGCACUAGAUUCUCAACAUACAAUAGAAAAUGAAAAUAAAAACAUCAACAAUAUCGAUGAUGUUAAUGUUGAUUCAAUGAUUGAUGAUAAAAUGUUAUCAGAUUAUAAGGUCAAAAUAAUAUUCGAUUAUAUACGACUAUAUAUACCGGAACGAAUAUGUGAUAAAUCACAAAAGGAAGUGCUUGAAUUGAAUUGUCCAAAAGCUCGUAUUACAAAAAUAACUGAACUAUUGAGAAAAUGUGUCGGUACCAGUCUACAAGGCAAUGAUAUGACUGAAAUCAUUGACAACACUUAUCGUCGUGUAUCAUUUAUGGCCCAAUAUCAAUUGAAAUUAUUACAGAAAGCUAAAAAAAUUAAUCAAUCAAAAUCAACUAUAAAAACUAUACGUCAUUUGCUUCUAAAUUCGUUGGCAAAUAAUGAACAAUUGCAGAUUGAUUAUAUCAAAUUAAUUGAUCGUAAAGAUCAUACAACAUCUAAUGUUGAUAAUAAUCAAAAUAUUAAUGAUGAUGAUGAUGAUGAUGACAUAAAACGAUUAAAAGUAUUAUUGAAAUUGGACGAAAAAUUUGAAAAACAAUAUGGACAUCAAUAUCGUUUACAUGUUAUUCAUGGAUGUAAAGCCGAUGAAUUACUUACAAAAUUAUUGGAUGAACAACGCAUUCGAUCAAUAUUGAAUGAAGAAUUUCAUUAA